AUGUCACUCCCGCCAAAGCGUCGUCGCGUAAUUCUUCCUGCUCCGGGCACCCAACCGACUGGCUCUUUUCCGCCCACGCCGGCAACAGCAGCAGCAGCGGCGGCGGCGGCCCAGCAGCCCUCAGCCUCUGGCCGCGGAUCGGGCGGAGGAGGGAGCAGCGACGACUCAGGCAACGAUCCCAAUACUGAGAGCAGAAGCCAGAGCGUCGAGUCUUCUGCCGACCCGAAGCCGCGUGCUUCCUCCAAACGACAGGUUAUUGCUGUCGCUUGCGAUAACUGUCGACGGAGAAAAGCCAAGUGCGAUGGCCAACGCCCGAAAUGCCAGCACUGCUCCAAAAGACGGGUUGAGUGCCAUUAUGAGGCGAAUCAGGGCGAGACGGUGAGUCUUGCGCUCAAACGCAAAGCCAACGUCCUGGAAACCGAAAACGCCCAGUACAGAGACCUCUUCCGCAUGGUCUGCACCAAGUCCGAGGACGAGGCAAAAGAGAUUUUCCGACGCAUUCGCGUAUCAGGCGAUCCCAUCAGAGUCUUGGAGUCCAUCCGGCAGGCAGAAAUUCUGCUCCCCUCGCCGACGACAAAUGACCGCACACACGACUCAAGGCUGGCUAAGAUUAACGAAAGGGCUCUCCAAAACAGCCUCAUCCGAGUGCCCGCGAAACCAUGGACCACUGUUGCCGACGAUGGUCUUGUGUCUGAGCUAGUCACCGACUUUUUCAGCUGGGAAAAUGUCAGCUGUUUCCCAGCUAUCGAGCAAGACCUGUUUGUGGAGGAUAUGCGCGCCGGCAGCAUCAAGCGAGCCAAGUGGUGUUCUCCCAUCCUAGUCAAUGCUGUCUGUGCAAUCCGAGCUCCAUUCCUCGAAAGCGCGAAACAAUUUAGCGCCGUUACUGGCCGAGACCUGUCGAAGCUGUUCCGGGACGAGGUCAUGCAGCUGGUGGAAAAGAGCCAUGGACAUGCCACGAUACCCACCAUUCUUGCCCUCGUUCUCGUAGACUGGUCGGCUAGUAUCGCCGGAGACGAGACGAGCGCCAAGAUGUACCGCUUCAUGGCCUGGGAACGGUACAAGCGCUUCAAACCUGAGCGGAGAUUCGCCAUGCUUAACAAAGAUGACCCUGUCGAUGCUAGAGAGAUGCUCUGCAUCUCAAAAGCAGUAUGGGCCAUCUUUUUUAUGGAAAGUCGCAUCUCAUAUUUCUACAACUCAGUCGCCGAUAUCCCACCUCCUUCCAUACCGAAACUAUUUGAUAACUACGGCAAAGAUGCAAUCGAGCCAAGAGGCAACAUCGAUGUCCUCGGACGGCCAUAUCUGGAAUCAACAGCCCUGGUACCGAUUGCCCCAGGGAUGGCAACCGUCGUUUCAAACCUUGCCUGCCUACAGUACGACGUCAUGCAGUACCUCACUUCCGGUAGCACCAUAAAGGGAAGCAUAGAAGACAUCAGACGGAAGAAACACUGGUACUGUAGGCUGCAGGAGUUUAGGAAAGCUUUGCCCAGCCGUUUCCAGAUGGAGCACAACUUUACCCCCGGGACUUGCUUCCUCAGGUAA